ACCCACAGUCUCCACUGACCAGCCAGCCUGGGCAUGGGGCGCGCAUGAGCACUAGCGCCGGCUGGAGCGAAACCAUGAGCGGCAAACCAUUUCGAGUGAGCAGCUUGAAUGGUGACGGGAAAUAUGGGAUCGUGGCCCGCAAUCUGGAGGAGCUGUUGCAAAAAGGAUGUCAGAAACUGCAGCUGCCACAGAAGGGUUGUCGUGUGUGCCUGUUUGAAGAUGGGACAGAAAUUGACAAAGACUAUUUCUUCACCUUGGAUGAUCACUGUGAGCUCAUCAUUCUGGAAGAAGGACAGGAGUGGAAUACAGGGCUUCAUAACUCUUUAAAAAAUGUUUUUAAUGCAUUUUAUGAAAACAGUGAAGAACUAACUAAGGUUGUAAACCAAAUGUUAUCUGAUGAGACCUCACUCGAGCGAAAGGAUUUUAUUCAAAGACUACAGAACUUGAUUCAAAGCUCUGAUCAAAAUAUUUCAGCUGAAAAUCGUGAGGAUGAUCAGAAGUGGUUUGAAGGUCUGAAUGAGCGAUUCAAAACUAAAUCAGCUUACAUGAGAGAUAACUGUGGCAGACGAAUGAGAAAUUAUCUGAAUGAGGUUAAGAAUCCCGGUAUUGAACUUGAAGGAAACAUAGUGAAUCUGUACAAUGCCUUUGUGAAAAGAAUAGAGAGAAGGCUUAAAGAAAAUAAGUUCAAUGAAUGCUACUUUGACAGGACGGCAGAUAAAGGACGUCGACUUUGUGAUAACCGUGGACUUUUUAAUUGCCAGGGGUCAUUUGACUGUAACUCCUGUGAGUUUCACCAUUCCAUCAAUCCAUAUAGUAACAAGGAAAACAGAAUUAUCUUCAGCACUUGGAACCUGGAUCAUGGGAUUGAGAAGAAACGGACUAUUAUUCCAGGUAUUGUCGAAGCUGUGGAAAAUAAGCACACUGAUGAUAACAUGGUUGAAAAGUUCUACGAAAACCUGUUUACUGUGAAAAAUCUGAAGCUGGUCCACAUCAUCUGUCACAAGAAAGUCAAGCACAAUCUUUCUUUAUGAUUUAUCUCUGAUGUGCAAAUGAAAGAAACAUGAAAAAAUGUAGCCAAUUUUAAGAAAUAAUGUAACCAAUACCAAAUUACGCACUGUUUAUCAUUUUAUCAACAUGAUCAUUGACCCUGAUUGCUGUGUGAGGCAGAUUAUUUAAACAUUGCUGAAUUAAAUAAAAUACUUAAUUACAGCUCAUUGCAAAAUAGUGUUACUAUACCAGAAAACUGCCAGAUUUGUGUAGUGUGGUGGUUAAACUAAUGGACUAGUAACCAGAGUGCAGAGAUAGCUGUGGGAUUUAAAUUCAGGUAAAUUAAUUUGGAGUGAAAAAGGAAAGAGCAAGUUUUAACUGUGAACCCAGUAACUGUGAAAGUACUGGUUCAUUAAUGUUCUUCGAGGAAGGAGAUCUGCUGGCCUAGGUGUGACUCCAGUUCAUCUAAUGUGGUUAGGCUUUCAACUGCCUCCUCAGUUCAACGGCAGUUAGCGGUGAACAAUAACUGCAGGAAUUGGCAGCCAUGUACACCUGCUGUGAGUAAAUAGGUUAAAAUAAUUUGAUCUGUCUUUGUCCUUUUUAUUCAAAUUCUUGUUAAGUCUUUUGGGUAUGGAAUUUGCAAAAUAAAAUAUUAAACUUUGAAUUCUCUGAUCAAGCUGUGUUGCCCCAGAAUGCCAGGGUUAAGUGUGUCUUGGGGCUGAUGAGGAACUUGGAGUGGGAGAGGAAUGAUUCAGUUGUCAUUAUCCCAUCUGCAUCAUUUGAGCCAUGGACAAGGAGAUGGGUCUGCUGAAGGAGCAGCUGGGGUCCAAACUAAAAAGCAAAACGAUAGAGGCAAUAUUGGCACAGGUUCGUUAGAAUGACAGAGGUGAAUGUGCGGCUUUAAGAUUUGUGUGGGAGAAAUGGGAGCAGAUCCAUGGGGACAGGUUUUACAUGAAUCAGGCAGGGACCAAUGUGCUAGGGAAUUGAACAACCAGUUGCCUAACUGCUUUUAGAGAUAGUGUAUUUUUUUUAAAGUGAAACUCAAUUAUUGGGGGCAGGGUUCAGGCGAGGGGAAAUUUAUAAAGGCAGAGAGAAAGAAAAGAUGAUAGUACAGGGGAGGGAAAUGGGGAAUGAUAACCAGAGUCCUUCAGGAUAUACAAAGCAGAGUCAGAGUAAGGAAAAAUGGUUGAGAAACAAAAUUAAAUGAACAAAGGAUAGGUGAAUUAACUAGACAAAUAGAAAUAAGUGGCUCUGAUCUCAUGGUUGUAAAGUAAUCAAGGUUGGGAAUUAUAACCUAACCUAAUGUUUGGAAGAGAUAGGUAAAAUGGAAAAGUGGGAGGUAACCGUGAUAAAGAAUGGGAUAAAGUCCCUAAGGAAAAGACUGAAGCACAGAACAUCAAGAAAUAGAAUUUGGGUGACCUAAGAAACAACUAGCAGCAGAAAAUAUUGGUGAGAUUUGUUUGUUGGUUCCCAAGCAGAGGGAAUAAUGUAGGGUACAGCAUAAAUCAGGAAUCAAAGGUGCAUGUAAUGAGGGCGAUACAAUAAUUAUGGGAGACUUUAAUUUACAUCUAGACUGGGCAAACCAAAUGAGCAGUAAUACUGUGGACUGCAUAAGAAAUAUUUUUCAAGAUUAGUAUAUAGAGGAACUAAUGAGAGAACAGGUUAUUUUUGAUCUAGUAUUGUGCAAUGAAGUGGAUUACAGUGUUUUUCAGGAAGAGUGAUCAUAAUAUAGAAUUUUUAUAUAACUAUUGAGAGUAGUUUCAUGUAAUUUUAAAUCAGGGCAAAACUAAACAAGGUGAACUAUAAAGGUAUGAAAUGUGAGUUGGCUCUGUUAAAUCAGGAAACUACAUUAAAGGUACGACAAUAUACAAGCAAUUGCUAACAUUUAAAGAAUUAAAUAACAGUUUACAACUAUAUAUUAAGGCAUAAAAAUUCAAUAGUGAAAGUGAUCCAGCUAUGCUUAACAAAAACAGUUAAAAUCAGUUCAAUAGAAAAGGUUUAUAAAGUUGCCAAAAAGUGCUGUAAGGCUAAGGAUUGGGAACUUUUCAAAAUUCAGCUAAGGAAAGGCAAGACAUUGAUCAAGAAAGCAGAAUACAGGAAUAAGUUAGCAAGAAACAUCGACUAAAAGUUUCCAUGGGUAUGUAAAGGAUUAGCAAAGAUUAAUGUGGGCCCCUUACAGACUGAACCAGGAGAAAUUAUAUUGAAGAGUAAGGAAAUGGCUUGGAAAUUGAGGAUGUACUUUGUGUCUGCCCUAAUGGAAGAUAACAGAAAACCUGGAAAUAAUGGGGAACAACAGAUCUAGUAUUGAGGACUAAAAGAAAUGAGUAGUUUAGAAAUGAGCAAUAAAAAAGUAUUGGAGAAAUUAAUUGGACAAAUGCAAUAAAUCCCUGGGAACUGAUGACCUGCAUCCCAAGAUUUUGAAUGACUUUGGAAAUGGUAGAUGCAUUGGUUGUCACCUUACAAAACUACACAGAUUCUUGACUGGUUCCCAAGGUUUGAAGGUAGCAUACAUUACCUCACUAUUUAAGGGAGAGAGAAAUUAGCUUGACAUCAGUAGUUGGGAAAUUUCUACAAUCUAUUAUUCAGAAAGUUGUAAUGGCACUCAAAAAUAAUAAAAGGAUUUUUACUCCGCCUACUCAUGCUCAAUGGUUACGGGAUGUUAUGUCAUACCUGAAUCUAGAGAAGAUCCGUUGCUCAAUUCUUGAAUCUAACCUAGACUUUCAAACCCUGUGGGGACCUUUUUUGAAUUAUUUUCAAAACCUUUGACUUGGUGACUAAAGUACAGAUAUUGGCAUGGUUUUUCCUUGUUUUUUUUUUACCAAACAGCUCUGAUUUUUGGUAGUGGGUGUAGAUUUUUUUUAUAAUGAAAUUAUUCCAUUUUUUUCUUUAUUAACUGUCACAGUGAUUAUUAAUUUAGAGUAUUGUGAUCUCAAGUAUGAUUUAACGCAAUGUUUUCAGUAUUUUUACUCUCUUUUUGAUGCAAGUACUCUGUAUUUUUGUUUGUGGAAUUAAUAACAAUAUUGUAAAUAAAGGA